AUUUUCCAAACUUUCAUGUUGCUAUCAAUCAAGAACACAACCCAAAAACUCUAUAUAUAUGGGUUUUGUGAGAUGGGUUGGAGAUAUAAAGCUGGGUUGUUUCUCAUCCUCACUGUUAUCAUCAUGUGGGUGUCAUCUGCAGAAGUCGCUCAGGGAAUUUUUGAAGAAUAUGACCAUCCAUUUGCCCUGGCAUAUCUGGGAACAUCUCUUCUGGUACUUUACCUCCCAAUAGCUUUCAUCAAAGAUGGUUUAUGCUAUUGCAUGAGAUGUCGGUCCAGCGAUAGCAGUGACGACGAAGAAAAUUCAGUUAAGCCCUCUAGCAGACUCGAGUCUCCAGUGAAAGCCGAUGAGCCGGUGAAUGAAGUUUCUGAAACAGUUAAAGAGGAUGGAAUGGAGCUUAAAUCUCAGGAGGAGGGAAUGGUGUUGGACACUGAAGAAAUAAAUAGUGGUGUUGACAAGUUGACAAAAGAGAAAGAGCUUAACAACAAGGAAAUGGCUAGACUGGGGUUGUUCAUUGCUCCUAUCUGGUUUAUUACUGAGUAUUUAACAAAUGCUGCACUGGCGCGAACGAGUGUUGCCAGUACAAUGGUGUUGUGUUCAACUUCAGGGCUUUUCACUCUCUUCAUUGGUGCAUUUCUGAGACAAGACUCCAUAAAUGUGGUGAAAGUAGUCUCUGUUGUUGUCAGCAUGGCCGGUGUUGCCAUGACAACACUUGGGAAAACUUGGUCCACAGACCAAUCUCGUUUGAGCAAAUCCACAAAUGGGAAGCAUUCACUGGUUGGAGAUCUAUGUGCUCUUCUCUCAGCCAUGACUUAUGCACUGUUUACUGUGCUUCUAAAGAAGUUUACAGGAGUAGAAGGAAAAAGAGUAGACAUGCAAAAGUUAUAUGGAUAUAUUGGAUUGUUCACGCUUAUUACCCUUUGGUGGCUCAGGCCUUGGGUGUUGUAUGGACCACCCCACUGGUGGCAGCGCUAGGCGUGUCGCUCACCAUACCGCUUGCCAUGUUAGCAGACAUGGUGGUUCAUGGGCAGCACUACUCACCAAUUUACAUAAUUGGCUCAGCUCAGGUGUUUGUGGGCUUUGUGGUGGCUGGUUUCUCAGAUUGGUUCUCCCAGAAGCUGAGAUUGAAGUUCUUUAAUUAA